CUCAUUUGAAAUAUCUCUCUACCAACUUUGCGUUACAGUUAUGAAUGUGUCCUGAUCUUAUUCGUGUUUUCUAUCUGUUUGGUGCCAAUUGCUUUCUUUCUUAAAUAAAUAUUACUUCUGUAGAACAAGCCAAUAAAUAAUAACACUUUGCAACUGUUAUGAUUCAUGUAACAGAUGGUCCUUUAAAUAUUGACCUGUUGCGUGAAAGCUAUCAGAACGAAUUUUUCAGCUACAUUGAUUCUCAACCUUCACCUAAGGUUAUAUAUUGGGAGAAAGAUUUGUUAGCUCAUAUGAGUUCUGUUGUAAACAAUUCUGAUUUGAAAAAACAUGGCGUUAUCAAUUCAUUCCUUCUGCAAUCUGCAAAAGAUUCCUAUUCUCCUUCGGCAUGUAAAUCUGUGAUAUUCAUUAUCAGUCCAAAAGUUAGUGUUGUUGACUCGGUACAAUCAUUUAUGGUGAAAGAUUCACAAUCAAAUCAAAAUGCAACAACAAAGCAAUAUAGUAUUAUUGCUAUUCCAAGAAUUUCUCUUGCUUGUAAAAGUUUCUUGAAAGAAAAAAAAAUACUCAAUAAAUUUGUCAUGAUCACUGAAUUUCCUUUGACAAUUGUACCUGUAGAAUGUGAUGUCCUAUCCAUGGAAGAUUCACAAUGUUUUGCUAACUAUUCCAUUUCUGAACGUCAAGAUGGUGUCUAUCAAUUUGUACAAGGUUUAAUGAGAUUCCAGUCAAUUUUUGGUCUGUUUCCAAAAAUUUAUGCGAAAGGUGAAAAGGCUAUAGGAGUGGCCAAAAUGCUACGACAUAUGUCUGAUGAAGCCAAAGUUACAAAUGAACACCAAGCACCAAUCAAUGCAUUGGAUGAAAUUGAAAGUCAAACUGAAUUAUUAAUUCUUAUUGAUCGAGCUGUCGAUCCUCUGACUCCCCUGUUAAAUCAAUUAACCUACGCUGGACUAGUUGAUGAGAAAUGGAGUAUCCGAUUCGGUAUUUGUCGACCAGGUUUACAAACAGAGAAUGAAACUUCAAAUAAAUUUAUAUUAAAUUCUUCAGAUUUAGUUUAUGCAGAAAUUAGAGAUCAAAAUUUUUCUAAAGUUGGUUUAACUUUAUCAAAAAUUACAAAAGAAAUUUCUACACUUGUUACAAAAUCCAAAUCAGCCAAAGAAUUAACCGAUCUACGUUGUGCAGUUAGUCGAAUUCCCGAAAUUCGAACGAAACAAUCACAACUUGAAAUACAUACUUCACUUGCUGAAGAAAUACAAAAAUAUGUGAGCACGGAUGAUUUCCUAUCAAUGUUAAGAGCUCAACAAGAUUUUAUUAAUGGCUAUGAAACUGACAAAGCACAUCCUUACAUUGAAGAGUGUAUUUUCAGAGGUGUACCUAUUGAAGAGCAAACAUUGAAUUUGUUGUGAUUACGACAGGAUUUAUCACAGGAAAAUCAUUUAUCAAUUCACUUUGUCAACCAGUGAAAUCAACUAAUUUGAUACCUUUUUAAUGUUUUUUAUUUCUAUCUUUUCUUUUCGUGAUUUAUUUAAAAUGUAAUUUUUAUUAUUAUUAUUAUUAUUUAAACAUACAAACAUUAAUACAAACAGACAUUUGAAUUAUUCUCGAAAUCUCACAUAAAUCACUCAUUGAAAGAGAGUUUAUAUGAAACAGGUUGAAGAACUGCUAUCUACUAACUAACUGCCUUGAGUGUUAAAAAACCGAAGAAACACGCCAAAUUCACACAAUAGACUGGAGCCAACAGCAGCAGCACUACGAGAUGCAGUUAGCUGGUCAUCAUCAUCUCCUGUUUACUGAUGGUUUGAUUGAUGUCAAGAUUUUGUUUUUUCAACUUGUCUACAGUUCAAUCAUCUAUGCCGGUCAUCAUCAUCAACCCCCGGUAUUAUUAGCCUUUGGCGUAUAUAUAUAUAUAUAUAUAUAU